GCCAACAAUCAAAAUGUACAAGCGUCAUGUAGCAGGAUGUUUUUUUCGUGACCGUCGACGACGUAAAGUGGCGCAAUCUUUGGGGGGCUGUGGGUAAAUCCAAAAUGGACGUACUACAACAAAACAAUUAGGCACGAAUAAACUCAAACAAAGAGGAGAAAGUAUUUGUAUAGCGGUCUCUCCAAUACAACUCUCCGAAAAUGGCGGGCGGCAGUUUCGGCGGGAUUUUCAAGCUGGCGGUGUUCAUCAUCUCGAUCUGGUUUGCCGGGAAGCUGAGUAAACUCGCCGGUUUGUCGCCCAUCAUCAUGGAGAUCGCAACCGGGAUGCUGCUUGGGCCCCAGGUUUUCAACCUGUUACCAGAAGAGUACACGGAAUGCGCCUACCAGGACCAGCGAAACCUGUGCACAAUAUCCUGUGCAAAAGUAUCGUACUCGUAUAAAAAAUGCAAGUCUUGCAUUGCAAAUCUUGUUCCCAAGGCAAAUCCGCAGUACAAAUUUUAUUUCUCAUGCUGAGAAAUUUGUAAAUACAUAUACAUUUAUACGAGUACGAUGCUUUUGGUUUUGCAAUGCAUACACCAUGAUGGACUACCAGAAUAUCGCCACGUAUUCCAACCCCAAUUACUUCGUGAUCGGCGAGAACAUAGCGAAUCGGGUAUUGAACGAAAAGGGACAGGACAAGUGCGGAUCCCCUUUGACCUACAGUAGUGCAACUGCCCCCUGUAAGCAAGAAAAAAACACUAUCACAAUCACUUUUGCACAUUUUUGCAAUACAAAAAUUUUUGUCAUGCGCAAAAAUGCAUCACAGUCAAGAGCUACAGGCGAUUCCCCUUUGUGUUUUUCCAAUACAAGAAAAGUUUGUCAUGCGAGAAAAAUUUCUGAUGCAAAACCUCCUAAGUGUGAUUGUGAUGGUGUUUUUUCUUGGAUACCCUGGAAGGGGGACUACGACACCUACAAUGACUGCAUGGAGUUUUACUGCACCAAGUACUACGACGGGAAGUGUAUAUCAAAUGCAAAAAUGUCUGGGUCUGGGAGAUUGCGAGAUUUGUCAUGCUUGUCUGGCAUGACGCUGAACUCUGUGUUGCAUGGCCGCGAAGAGCUCCUCCUCCCUGUCAUGCAAAAACGCAGUUUCUCAUGUGGAGUACGCAACUCAGAGCCAUGGAAAAAACUUGUCAUGCUUAGCAGCGCAUUAUAGUGAAUGCACUAUUUUUGCCUUUCUUGCAUCACAAGUUUCCAGACCCAGACACUUUUGCAAUUCAUAGCGCAACUCGCGACCCAACAUUUUCACGCUGCUCGGGCACUUUGGCGUUAGUUUGAUGAUUUUUGAGUCCGGCAUGCAUUUCCACUUUCCCAUGCUGCACAUCGUCGGCCCCAUCGGGUCCGUAAUCGCCUUCCUCGGGACCUUCGGCCCCAUCGGCAUGGGGAUCGUCAUGACGCUAUCAAAAGGAAAAAUCCCCCCUCCCCAUAUCAAAACGGAAAUCUGUGAUGCAGAUUUGUUGUCACAGAUCAGCUUUGUCAUGCUACACGGGAAAAGAUGCGGACUGCAGUGCUGGGUGGCGUGGGGGAGCCUUGCAUCUUCAGCAUGAUAGGAGGCAGCUGAGAGUGGCAAACAGCAUGACAAAUUGCCUGCAAACGAGACCACGACUGCGGCUCUUGGCCUUCUAGCGUGACAAGUCGAUUUGGUACCUCAAAUCCUGCAUCACAGAUUUCCAUUUCGAUAUGGGGAGGGGGGAUUUUUCCGUUUGAUAGACGCUGCUCUACGGCGGGCUGUUUGACGGCCUGGAGAUUCAGGGCGACGCGGCCCCGACCAUUAUGAAAGCGUCAGAAUUGAAAUCGUCAAAGUUGAAAUACUUUGCGAUGCAUAAAAUGCUAGACUCAAAGUGCCUGUCUUGCAGAGCAGGCAACUGAGGCCGAUUAUAAUCCUGUUUGGGGUGUCAGAUAGAGCUGCUAAAAUAGCAUGGCAAAAGCAGUCUUCUCUGCCCAAACAGCAUGACAAAUUGGAUUCCCAUGCUUCCAAAAUUUGUCAUGCGCCACUUGCAAACUGGGCUCCAGCUGGUAUCCUUGCUUUUUUGCAUUACAGAUUAUUUCAACUUUGAUGAUUUCGAUCCUGACACCCCCAUAACCAUGUUCAUGACCGGAUUAACGGUCGGUGUGGCAAUGGCGCCAACUUCCGUCGGCAUCGCACUCGCGUUGCUAACCGCCGCGAAGAGGCUGGAUAGCAAGUUCGGACAGACCAUCAUUUGCGCGGCCUUCCUGGACGACAUUCUGUCGCUCAUAGCCUUCUCCCUGCUCUUCAAAAUUAACGAGGACGGGGUUUCGGUAUGAUAAAGAUCUACGUAAACAUUUUUUUGAUUUCGCUGUCCUCGGAUCGUACGGAUCAUGGAUGUUCUUGUGGACACUGCAUAUAAGAAGCUAGGAAGCUGCUACUUCUGAUGAUGUGUGCUGGAAGCUCUCACACGAAACUGAAACACAGCUGACUGACACUGAUUCACUAUGUAAAUGUGUCAUUUUCACUAUCACCAUUUGGCAAAUGGUAUUUUUGAAAAUGUUGAAACAGGUCGAGGCCUUCUUCCCCCUAAUUUUCGGCGUGAUCUUCCUUCUCUUCGGGGGGUACCUGGCGAUGCACACGAUUCCGGACCUGUGUGACAAGGUGUUCGACAAAAUCCGUGCCAGAUACGCCGACCAGGAGAAUUCUAGUGUCAGCUCCCCCUCCCCGGACGAGGCCAACGGGUUCUUGAUAGACCAGCACCAGAAGGAGGGCAGCCACAGCGCGCCCCCUUUUGAGGCGCCGGAAGGGGAGCUAGAGCGGGUGACGGAGCAGGUCCGGGAGACCGGUGUGGAGACCAUAGUAGACGACGAUGCAGCAGGACCAGGAGCUACUCCAGGUGGAGCAAGUGGCGGUGCGUCUAGUAGCAGCAACCCUAACCCUAUCAAACAAAAAAAGUUUGUCACGAUCACUCAUGCGCAUUUUUGCAAUACAAAGCUUUCUGUCAUGCGUAAAAAUGCAUCACAGCUAAACUCCAUCGGGGAUUUCCCUACUAGUGAUUCUGCAAUACAAGGAAAAUUUGUGAUGCUAAGAAAAUUUGUAAUGCAAAAGCUGCAAGUUAGUGACUGUGACUGUGACUGUGACAAACUUUUUUCUCUCCAUAAACCCACCUCCCCGGGGGAUUUUGAGCACAAGUAACAAAGGAACAUUAUCCUGAGUAAAAACGUACCCACACCAGAGUUGUAAUGCAGAUUUGCAAAGACAGGAAGACUUGUAAUGCGCAUCCCCAUGAGAGCCAUUUCCAGUCGUGUUUUGGAAUUUGUGAUGCUGUGAACAGGAUGAGCAGCUGGAUUUGUGAUGCGGCUGCACUUGCUAAUCUGCACUACACUGCAGAGCGCAACUUGUCAUGCGUGACUCACAAAACUCCUAGGUUUGUGUUGCAAAAUCCCCAUCCUGACUCUGGUGUGGGUACGUUUUUACACAGGAUAAACAUCGAGCAAAGUUCUUGGACAACUAGAUAACGACAAGAAGUACGACGCCGACGGAAAUUUGGUGAUCGAGCAGGACGACGGUCAGGACGAGGGCGACGUGCCCGAACUCAUACCGAAACACAACAGCAGCGCGAGCCUGUCGCCGGACGCCCCGCAGAGCGCACGGGACGCGGUGCGGGCGAUCAAGACCGUGCAUUUGACCUUCAUGGUGGCGCUGCUCGUGUUCUACUCCUUAAGAAUUGCAAAAGUAUCGUACUAGUAGCAAUUGCACCAGUAGAUCUCAUCCGCGAUACACCCGCCAUCCUGCUACCGUACGCAGCAGCUCCGAACACGAUCGAGCUACACCAGUACCUCAGCGUGACAAAUGGAAUUUCUCAUGCUGAUUCACCUUGGGAACGAACUUUGUAAUGCAUAAAUGCAAUUACUACGAGUACGAUACUUUUGCACAGAAUACCCCUGGCUCACCGACAAGUUCGGGUCGCACCUGUGGGGCUGCUUUAUGGCCGGUAUGAGUUUUUCCAACGUGCCCUAUCAAAUGUAAAAAUGUCUGGGUCUGGAAGAGUCGGGGCUCGUCAUGCACAUUUUGCAUGACCCGUGAGGUCUGUGAUGCUGGUGCUAGCAACACAGAUUUUUUGAGAGCCUUUUGAUGCUUGUUACGCAUGAGAAACGCCCUCUCCGCGUGCCAAGAGCCGAGUCCUCUUGCUGCUCAUGCAACACAGAUAAUUUUAGAAUCCGUAGACAGCAUUACAAGUUCCACUCUUCCAGACCCAGACACAUUUGCAAUCCAUAUGCCCGGGUCCGCGCUGAUAUGGUCCUCGCAAACGAAGCGGCUGAACGCCUGGAUGAUGCGGAUUUUUUUCAGCUGCACGGUCGGGUUCGCGAUUCCCAUCAAGGCGCUGCUGGACGGCGUGAAUCUGGGGCUGGGUGUCUUGCUUGGGAUCUUCGCGUGCAUUUUACCGAAACUGCUGUGCGCGUUCUGGGACAAGCAGGACCGGUAUGACAGUGCACAACUCCCCCUCCCCCUGAUUUGCGUUGCAUGAACAGCAACGCAAGCGCUGGCAAAGAGAAAGAUGCAGCUUUUGCAUGACAAAUUCCUAGAAGACUGUAGUGCUGUUUUGGAUUCCCGAAUCUGUCAUGCAAAGGCAAACAUUUGUAACAGGCAAAGGGUGGAUUUGGGAAUUUGCAUGACAAAUGAGGGGGGGGGACGAGUUGUGCAUUGUCAUAGCCGAUUCGUGAUCGGCUGGGCCAUGGUCGGUCGUGCGGAAUUCGCCUACCUCAUCGCGGUAUGCACUGUAAAAGUAUCGCACUAGUACUAGUUGCAGUUAUGCAUUACAAAUUUCUUCUUCAAGCUAAAUCAGCAUGACAAAUAAUUCCAUUUGUCAUGCUGAGCUAAUUUGUAUUGCAAUACUACGAGUUUAGACAAGGAAAAUCGCAGAAGUUCAUCAAAAAUCGAACACCCCCCUGCCCGGGGCUCCCGGGGAAUAUAGUUGAUUUGUGUGGGCCCCAACCAUCGCGCAUUUCCCCCCAGCGGAGCCCGCCCCACCAUCCCAUGCCGCUGGCAUGCGUGUCGCUUUUAGUUCUCACGCCUGCGCAUGUACUAGCCGACGCGAUCCCAACAUUUGCUCUGCAGCCUUGCUCCGGUUCAAAGGAGGACGCCUAUGACAGAACAGCUCGAAGGGGUUCGAAGAUGGCGCGCUUUCGAAAUCAGCGCCAUUGUUCCGAAAGCGUUCCCGGGUCCUAUUUUUUGUCCUGUCGCAGGGCAGAGCGCUUCCACUUUCUCACUUGAAUCUCUCGCGCAGCUCGAAAUAUGUAAAGCAGCGCCAGUACAUUCACCAGCAGAACCACCCAAAGCGCCAGGAGCAAACGGGCACCCGCCCAGCCUGCGUCCCAGCCCCGGCCCGGUUGCCGGACGCGCCGGGCGCAUGCGCUUUCGAAAGCGCCGCGCCUCCGUCGGAAAUCGGCGGCAAGGCCGGCCGCGGUGCCAGUGGCCUGGGCCGAUGCGAUACGUUUUGCGGAUGCGGCCUCCGCCCGAUGACCGGAGGCGCCCCGACCGUCCCGUCUCCUGUUGUCGAAAGUUCUUGGCAGAUGCAAAAGCGCGCGGCCUUGCGCCCGCCUUGGCUGCGAAGAACAGGCGGCGCGACGUUCUUUCUCCUAAAGGCCCUCGGCCGUGGGUGUCUUGGGGUGCGAUUGUCUUUAAGACAUAGCGGGCGCGAAGGCAGUAAAGCGAAGAAGGCGAGAAGAGAAGGUCGGGAGGAUUUCUUGUCCGAAGGCGAAGUCGGGGGGGGCCCCCAGGGGGGUGCUCUAGGGGGGUACUUUUUUGGGCGCGGAAUUCUUCAGUUUUAGGUGGGGGAAAGGCUUUCCAAGGGGGGUGCUUUUUGGGGGUGCUUUUUUUCGCAAAGAAGGGGGCCCCUUUGGCUGCCCGGCUGGGGCCCUCGGCGGCCGCGGAAGCAGCUUUUUUCGCUUUUGCGAAACAAGAACGCCGGCGGCCCCGGAGCCAAGCCGGAGCUCGCCAAGCUGCCCCCCUUCGGACCGGCCGCCGCCCCGGCCGCCGGGCAAAAAAACCGAUCGCAGCGAAGGCGGGCAAAAGGCCGCGCGCUUCUGCCUCUGCCGGAAACUUUCCAGACUGGGGCGAGACGUUCGGGCGGCCUCCGGCCAUCGUGCGGAGGCCGCGCGCUCAAAGUGCAUCGCACCGGGCCACGCCACUGACAUCGUGGGCGGCCUCGCCGCCGACUUCCGACAGGCGCGCGGCACCUUCGGCGACGCCGGUGCCCGGCACUUCCGGCAGCCGGGCCGGGGCGGGGACAAAAACUGGGCGGCUGUUGGUUUGUUACUGGCGCUCUGGGGGGUUCUGCUGGUGAAUAUGAUGGCGCUGCUCUACAUUAUCCGGGCUGUGCGAGCGAUUCAGGCGGCAGGCUGGAAGGGUUCCGCGCUGUGACGGGACAAGAAACGGGGGCCGGGAACGUUUUCGGAACAAUGGGACUCAUUUCAAAAGCGCACCACCUUCAAACCCCUUCGAGUUGUUCUCUCAUAGGCGGGCGCCUUUGAACCGGAGCAAGGCUGCAGAGCAAAUGUCGGGGGCGUUUUGCCUAGUACAUGCGCAGGUGUGAGAACUAAAAGCGACACACUUGCCAGCGACAGUGCAUGGCGGGGCGGGCUCCGCUGGUGGGAGAUGCAAGAUGGUUGGGGCCCACACAAAUCAACUAUAUUCCCCGGGAGCCCCGGGCAGGGGGGUGUUCGAUUUUUGAUGAACUUCUGCGAUUUUCCUUGUCUAACGAGUAUGAUACUUCUGCAGUGCAUAUGCGGAGAUGGGCAAGGCCGCGCGGCUGAUUGGCGACGACCUCUUCGCGCAGCUGAUCUGGGCGCUGUAUGAAAUGCAAAAAUGUCUGGGUCUGGAAACUGGUGAUGCAAAAAUGUGCAUGAUGAAAACACUUCCAAAUGCAGUCCGGCAUGACAACUUCCCAAAACGCUUUCUCAUAGGCAAUCCGCAUGAGAGACUGCGUUUUUGCAUGACAAAAGAGGCUGCGACUUUUGUUGGUUAUGCAAUACAGAUUUUCUAGGUGUGGAAAGCUAGCACUACAAGUUCCAACCUUCCAGACCCAGACAUUUUUACAAUCCAUACGCUGCUGUGCGCGACGAUCACAGCCCCCCUGGGGUUUUCCUACAUGCUGCGCAAGAAGAUUUUGCAGGGCGAGGAGGGCGCGGUACCGGAAGACGAGGCGGACCAGACCAUCGCGCACACGCGGACCACCGAAGUUUUAGUCCACAGCGCCGACCUGCACGCGAAGGCGGCCCACACCAAGGCCUCCGCCUUCCUGGGCGACCCCAACAUCGGGGGCAUGCUUUCGGACAGCAGUCUGGAGGGGAAGAACGCGCGCAUCAACGUGGACGACGUCGAGAUCAUCGGCAUCGGCGGCAGCACGCCGGGCGAAAUGAGCCGGGAGGUGACGCCGGCGAUGGGAGUCAACAUCUCGAGCAAGGACCCGUCCCGGGGCACGCCGGUGUCGAUCAGCGACCGGGGCGUCAUGUCCGAAGCGGAGCUGACCGGCGGCGAGGAGUCGCAGGCAAUGCGGCGGCAGGGCAUAUCAAAUGCAAAAAUGUUUGAGUCUGGAAUGUUGCCGGGUUUGUCAUGCGUAUUUUGCUUGACCCAGGAUGUCUGUAAUGCACGUUUUAGCAUCGCAGAUUAGAUUUUUAGUUUUAGAGGGUUUCCUGAUGCCUACUCCGCAUGGCAAAUGCCCUCCCCGCGUAGCACAUACUAGACUCCUCUCACUGGUCAUGCAAUACAAAUUUUUUUUAGAGUCCAAAGCUAGCAUCACAAGUUCCAACCUUCCAGACCCAGACACUUUUGCAUUUGAUAGGGCGGCAUGGUGGGCAAGAAGCGCACGGACAGCAAGGGCCAACUGACGAGGUCGGGCACGUCUAGCUUUGUGCAGGCCUACAUGCCCCACCAGCACUCCUCCAUGUCCUACGUCGCGGCGGAACUGCGUCGGGAGCCGUCCACCGUGCUCGCACCCGCCUUUCAGGCCGCGCAGAAGAAAUAGGGGAGCAGAUCGACGGUCGUGGUCUUCCAAUAGUGUACAACUGAAGACCUGUUUCCCGUCUAUGUUAUCAUGUUUGUUCGAUAUUUCCUAUAGUCAAUGUCACCAGACAGUUCGUUGUGUCACUACAACUUUGAAACUUCUGAGAUGAACUCAGAUACCUACUCAAAACUGAUUUGAGGAUGAGGACAUCAGAGUUUGCAAGAAGUUACAGCUCCUACACACACUUUCUCUAGACAGGCGCAAAGAUGACUUCUGGACCGAAAGAAUCUUUUUUUAAUGGUCUUGGUCAAAUAAGGGAUGUUCGUUUUUACGUAUAGGUAUCAGGUCGCAGUCGCACUAGCUUGUGCUUUGCGCAGGUCUAACGUUCGGAAACAAGACAGCGGUAGCAGAAAACUACAGGUAUCAGUAAUUAUCAGAGUUUAACAGCAAUUUUGAGGUCACUAUUCAACACACAGAAAGCUGCUGCUAGCGGCUAUCACACACGAGGAUGGGGUGCCACUGGAGGGAGCGUCAGCCAUCAACGGGGAUGAGCCCUCCUUCUUUACGUAUUACAGAUUUGCUUACGUCGAUGCACUAUUCACUAGAAAUCAAUGACAGGCCAAAGCUACGGCAAAUGCCCAAUCAAGAAAUGCAGUGUACAAUUUCAUUUUAUUCUCCUUGACAUAAUGUUUUGUAGAAUUUCAAUUUCACUGAUCUACCUUCUCGCAUGAAAAAACGCGAGCGCUUAUCGCAAUCUUUUUUUUUUGAGGUGGCUGUGUCUGUUUGAGCCACCUGUCGGAGUCGGA